GGUCUUGCUGCUGACGUCAUUUCGGUGUAAUGAUUGGACUUGUCUUUCCUUGUUGAAGUUGAACAGCAAGAAAUUAUGGCUGCUAAUCGCAAAGCUGUUUCUCGCGUAGAAUCUGACAUCGAAAAGUAUAGGAAUGAAUGCAACUGGGAACGCAUUAGAGAAAUUGUUAACCAAAAUAAAGUUAAAAGUCCUCAAUUAGAGGUUUUGCUUCAUCUUGCCGCUGGGGAAUGUGAGCUGGAGUUGUACUUGAUUCAGAAUCCACCCAAUCAUGAGACAGCAGCGAAAGCAAAGAAGGAGCUCUCAUCAGCCAGGUCCCAUCUCCUCCUUGCUGCUAAAGGCGCAAAGCAUAUACUGUAUGCAGAGUCGCACCUUCUCCUUUCCAAAGUCCACUUAGCCAUGGGUGAAUAUGAAGAAGCCAUCAGGAAUUUAGAUAAAGCUAAACUUGAUGACAUGACCAGCCAGGAGGUUCCCUGCACAAGGUUGAAGAUCAUGGCAGAGGCAUUCGCAGUUAGAGGGAUGUGCAUGGAGAAACUAGCAGCUAAACAAGGGGAUGGGAAAAAGAAAGAAGAACAUGGAGAGGAGAUCAUUGCCAAUUACGAAAGAGCAGGCGAUUUGGCUCUCUACUAUCUACAGGAAAUUGAGAAAGGACAGCAAGCAAACACAACAUCUUCAAGCUCCAGCAGUCUAGGGUCAGGGAGUCAUAUAGUAGGACCAGUCUUAGAAACAGCUGUACAGAGAGCACCACUUAUCUACAUACAGCAAGGAAAACUGGAUCAGGGUAUCAAUCGUUUCCGACACAUUUUGAAAGCUGUUGAGACCCGAACCUCCCAGAACAUUCGCACCACGCUUGCAAGGGAGCUAGCAGAAGUCCUCCUGCGAGGUGUAUGUGACCAUCGCUACACACCGCCCUCUGUUGAUGGCCGAGAGGAGAGGACUGGCAGUUUGAGUAGGUCAUCUGUGAGCGGUGGUUCUGCUUCAUCCCUGAGACCAGCUAGUUCCAGAGGAUCACUCAAGCCGAAGCUAUACUCAAUGGAAAGUCGUCCGAGCCAUUGUUCUAAUGAUUACCUCUUUGUACCCAAAAAUGUUGGAGAAGAAGCUCUUCUGCUGCUGUUAAUCAGUGAAUUACAAGUAAAUCGUGAUGUUGUUUUGAGCCGUUCCAAGGAGUAUAGUCAGAGCAGACAGCACACAUUCUUCAAUGCUACAGCUGUGUAUGAUCUACUUACCAUUGCACUAACGAGGAGGGCGCAGUAUCAAAUGCUGUCAGAGACCCUUGACAGGACUAUGAGGUUUUCAUUUGAAGAGUUCCACCUGUGGAUGCAGUUUGCUUUAUCUCUAAUCAGUAGUCAAAAGUUUGACAGGGCCCUACAGGUUUUGCGAGGUUGCAGCAACAUGCAGCCAGACAAUGUAACUGUGUUGCUGCUUGCUGCUAAAGUGUGUCUACAACAUCUCCAACAGUUGGAAGAAGGAUUGGAGUUUGCUAGCAAGGCAGUUGAAGUAGGCAAUCAGCCACUAUCCCCAAGGUGUUACAUGAUGAAAGGACUGGCUUAUGGCAUGAUGGCACUAGAAGCUACCAUACAAGACAAAAGAUGUGAGCUACAGCGUAAAUCAUUGAGUUGUUUCAAACAAGCCACCUCAUUGGAUCCCGAUGAUCACAUGGCACAGUUUCAGAUGGCUAUGCAGUUAGCUUUAUCAAGACAGAUCCCGGAAGCAUUGCAGAGAGUUCGCCUAGCUCUCCAGUUAUGUGCUGAUGAUCUCCAGUCUCUUCAUCUCCUAGCUCUUCUCCUGUCUUCUCAGAAACAAUACACAGAGGCUCUCUCAGUUCUUGAGGCAGCAGUGCAUCAGUACCCCGAUGAUUUCAAUCUUCAGUUCACCAAAGCCAAGUUGGAGGAGAUACAUCUGGGACCGGAGGAAGCAUUGGUUACAUGUAAACAGAUGUUAGAACAUUGGAAGGUUGGCUAUGAAGCAGUUCAACACAGUAGUUCAAGCCGAGGGACGGGCCUCAUUGAACGAGUCACAUCGGACAGAAGGAGCCUGGUUCAGAUGCAUCUAGCAGAAUACAGUGAUAGAGACUCAGAUGCUAGAAGUGAAAGAGGCAAAAGUUCCAUUCACAACUCCCUUGCCGCUUCGAGAGUAGAGCAUGCUCUGUCUGAGGUAGCUUCCUCUACUGGUAGUUUCAUCCCCAAGACUGGGUCUCAACAACUCUGGAUGAUCCAGGCUCAUAUCUGGCUUGCCAUUGCUGAGCUCUACCUAAGUCUUGAAAGACCUGAGGAAGCCAGAGCUUGUGUGCAGGAAGCAUCAUCAAUCUUUCCUCUCUCACAUCAAGUUAUGCAUACAAGAGGGUGCAUUCAUGAGCACAAUAGAGAGUGGUCAGAUGCCAAGCAGUGUUAUGACAGUGCCCUGGCUAUCAAUCCUUCACAUAUCACCAGUCUUCAGAACCUAGGCUGUGUUUACACACAGCAAGGAAACAUGCUCAUGGCAGAGAGAAUACUGAGAGAAGCAGUCAACAUGGAUCCCACUUCCCAUCAGGCUUGGAUCUCGCUCGGUAAUGUUCUUCAAGCUUCGGGUCAGUGUGGAGCAGCAGGAGAAUGUAUGCUGACUGGUCUCCAGCUGGAGUCCACAAGCCCUAUCCUACCUUUUUCAACCAUUCCAAGAACUCUCUAGACCAUCUGUCAGUACUAUUCUACACUGUCUGUAGCUAAUGUCUGUCACUAAAGCGAGACUUCUUUAAUAUGAAAGAGUAAAGUGCGUGUUGCUUACACUUUUAUCAUUCCGAUAGCAUGAUGUAUUGCCACACUCACACUUUGGUGAUAUAUCACUCGUUUCCUUUUGUCAUUAAAGGGCAACAUAGUAUACUUCAACAGACCAUGCACUGAGAUCAUCAUUGAAGGUUUGUGUUUUUAUAAUGGAGACAAGGUUUCAGUUCACUAUAAAGUGAAAAUGGAAUGUUUGAAUGGUAGAAUAGAGAGAAAUUAAAUGACAAAUGAAAGAGAUGGUGUGGAAUCGAAAGGCAAGAACAUGAUAGAUGAAAAAAAGAGAAUAUUCUUUUAUGAAAUUGGAUGAAGUCCUUUAGAGGAAUGUAAACCAUGUGAGAUACAGCAGCUUGAAGUACAUGACAAAAAUCAUCAUUUAAAUGUCAUUUGUUCCAAAUGAAUGAAACUUCUGCAUGUCGGUCAAAAUAUGCAAUAAAAAAGACUCGCCCAAUUUCUGAUUACUGAAAAUAAAGUUCAGAUUAAAGAAGAUUUUCAGAAUACUGGCCUUGUUUGCCAGUGCGAUAUAUUAAAAAAAAAAUAAUAAAUGGAACAGGAGGAUAUUUUGCACUUAGCAGAGAGUAUUUAUAUUUCUUCUGUUUGAUUUCCAGAGCAGAUGGUCUAUUCUAAGAGAAUAUGACAUGAUUGUGCAAUAUCUGUUGGAUGUAUAUACAUGUAUUUAUAUUGAGCGCACAGUUGUUUGUGAUGUUUUUGUUUUCUGAUGUUGGUAAAACGCAUUUAAUUUUGCUGUGUUUUGAAUGCUAACUAAAAUUGUUCUAUUUUACAAAAAGAAAAGAUCACGAUCUGAAAGUACAGGUAGAAUUUGAUUAAAAUUUAUUGGUAGAUCAUAUCACAAUUAUAUAUAUUUUCUAUAGUUUACACAAAUACAAACUUAGUUCCUCGUAGUAGAUGCCCAUACACAAGCAUACCCAAAAGUUCCUUCAGUGCAAUUUCAUUGUAUAUUUCCUUCAGAAAAUAUACAUUUAUUCUAUGGACAGGCUUACAUUAAUGUUUGCUCAUUUAAGAAGGCAUUUGUGGUUACUUACAUCCAUAUUUGUAAUUUUCUGGAAAUAUUUAUAUUAACUGUAUUUCUGUAAUAUAAAUAGAGAACCUUUUCAAGAUUUGCAUUUUAUAUAAUUUACACAUAUAAAUUGAUCAAAAUGUUUUGAAUAGAGAAUAUGAAUAGCUCCACUAGAGCACCUAUUUCCUAAAUUAUGAUGAAUGAAUAUAGAACAAGAUUUCAUACUGAAAAUUUACACAAUUUAAUUAAAGCUAUUGAUUGAAUAAAAUAAAACAAUCACAA